UCCGCUUUGUACUGUUGUCAACCUUUGGCUCUGCGGAGAAGGCAGAACUGUUGCCUGGGAAGGGACGACAUUUCCGCUGUUCAAGGGUUGAACCGCCAUCUUUAAGGGGCCCUAAUUGUUUUUAAGGUGACUGUAUUGUUAGUUACACCAAUAUCAGUACUGGAGAACAUCCAGGGAAUCCGGCACACGGACAUGGGACAUCGUGAACAGCUGAUUCUACAGCGUGUUCUAAGUGUCCUUUAUCUAUAUCGACUGUGUGUCACGUGCCGAAGAAGAAAUAGCAGUGCUCACUGAAGGUACUGACGAGUCAAUAGUGCUGUCCGGCGGGAUGCUGUACCUGGCCCUAACCCAGCGGCCCUGCACACAAAUCACCCCCGCUCGCUGCUGUGAACUCGCCAUCCUCCCCCAACACCGAGACGAACAGCCCUGCAUCUACUACUUCUCCUUCGCCUGCCACACGCUGACAGAGAAACGUUUCAUCGACACCGUCAUCUUCAGGUGCGCACUGCAGCUCAUGCUGCCUGUCAAUCAACACGGACUGACGCACGGCGGGAACGUGACGCGGGCGAAAGGGUCUCCGUUAUGCUGGACGAAGAACAGACGGACUGAGUACAGCACGUCAUUGGUCAUCCUCCCCCAGCACGUGACUAUGACGUACAGAACCGAGGUGAAGACGUCUCUAACAGACUGUGAGGCCUGGUACAAGACAUCCGUGGAACUUAUUCCACACAAAUACACAAACAUGAAGGUCCUUUAUAGGUACUCUCGGUAGGGGAGGAAGUCAUUUUACUUAAAUGGUUGUUUUACAUCAUGGUCGUUUGGACGGUGGCAAUUUUACCAAUUUAUGUAUACAU